CCCGGAAGUGCUCGUGACCACCAUUUCCGACCCGAGCAAGAUGGCAGCGACGCGGCGCGUGCGUUGUUGAGUAUCCGGGACGCCGGCCUGCAGGCGCCAUGGUUUUCCUCACCGCGCAGCUCUGGCUGCGGAAUCGCGUCACCGACCGCUACUUUCGGAUCCAAGAGGUGCUGAAGCACGCCAGGCAUUUCCGGGGGAGGAAAAAUCGUUGCUACACGUUGGCGGUCAGAACCGUGAUUCGAGCCUUUGUGAAAUGCACCAAAGCCCGAUACCUGAAGAAAAAGAACAUGAGGACCCUCUGGAUUAAUCGAAUUACAGCUGCUAGCCAGGAACAUGGACUGAAGUAUCCAGUGCUCAUUGGCAAUUUAGUUAAGGUAUGGGUGAGUAUGUGGGCCCCACUGAAAUUCUGGACAUCUGCAGAAACCAUCAUGCAGGACGUGGCGGUGCUUCCUGCAGCCCCAGCUAAUCAGGAGGCUGAGGCCAGAGGAUCCCUGGAGACUGACUUCUGGGCUGUAGUUUGCUAUGCUGAUGGGGUGUCCAUGUUAAGUUUGGUAUCAAUAUGGUGACCUCUUGGGAGCAGGGGACCACCACGUUGCCUAAGGAGGGGUGAACCAGCCCAGGCUGGAAACAGCAGGUCACAAUUCCCAUGUUGAUGAGUGAUGGGAUUGUGCCUAGGAAUAGUGCCAGCAACAGCCUGGGCAACCUAGUGAGACCACUCUACAAAAAUAUAAAAUUUGCUGGGUGUGGUGGUACAGACCUGUAGUGUCAGCUACUAAGGAGUCUGAAGCAGGGGGAUCACUUUGAGCCCUCAGGAGUUUGAAGCUGCAGUGAGCUGUGAUGGUAGCACUGCACUCCAGCGUAGGUGAGAGCAAGACCCCAUCUGACAGAAUAAAGAAAGCCAUGGCUGGGCGGGGUGGCUCACGCCUGUGAUCCCAGCACUUUGGGAGGCUGAGGUGGAUAGGAGAUGGAGACUAGCCUGGCCAACGUGGCGAAACCCUGUCUCUACUAAAAAUACAAAAAUUAGCCAGGCGUGGUGGCGGGCACCUAGAAUUCCAGCUACUCUGCAGGCUGAGGCAGGAGAAUUGCUUGAAUUUGGGAGGUGGAGGCUGCAGUGAGCCGAGAUCACACCACUGCACUCCAGCCUGGGCAACAGAGCAAGACUCCAUCUCUAAAUAAAUAAAUCAAACCCUCCCAUCAGACCUGGCGCAGCCUGGUAGCGGUCCAUGCGGCAGAGGCGAGGGGUGCCACUCCAGCUGCACUGUAGCUGCACUCUGUCUUGGUGUGGGGUUCUGGCAUGACUGGGAGCUUACCACACUGGUUGGCAGCAGAGCAGAAUUGGAAACAGGGCAUGUGUUUCUGGGAUGUAAAUCCUGAUGUUUCCCCAUUAAGAAAAAAGAGGCCGGGCACGGGGGCUCACAACUGUAAUCCCAACACUUUGGAAGGUCGAGGUGGGCAGAUCACGAGGUCAGGAUAUCGAAACCAUCCUGGCUAACAGGUGAAACCCCAUCUCUACUAAAAAUACGAAAAAUUAGCCGGGCAUGGUGGCCGGCGCCUGUAGUCCCAGCUACUCAGGAGGCUGAGGCAGGAGAAUCGCUUGAACUUGGGAGGCGGAGGCUGCAGUGAGCCAGAGGCUGCAGUGAGCCGAGUUCACGCCACUGCACUCCAGCCUGGGCGACAGAGUGAGACUGUCUGAAAAAAAAAAAUUGUGUAGAAAAACUUGACUUUAACUUCAAAAUUUAAUUUAAAAGUUUAAACAGGCCGGGCGCGGUGGCUCACGCCUGUAAUCCCAACACUUUGGGCGGCUGAGGCGGGUGGUUCACAAGGUCAGGAGAUCAAGACCAUCCUGGCUAACACAGUGAAACCCUGUCUCUACUAAAAAUACAAAAAAAUUAGCCAGCUGUGGUGGCAGGCGCCUGUAGUCCCAGCUACUCGGGAGGCUGAGGCAGGAGAAUGGCGUGAACCCGGGAGGCGGAGCUUGCAGUGAGCCGAGAUUGCGCCACUGCACUCCAGCCUGGGUGACAGAGUGAGACUCGUCUCAAAAAAAAAAAAAAAAGUUUAAACAAUGAGGCUGGGUGCGCUGGCUCACACUUGUAAUCCCAGUACGUUGAGAGGCAGAGGCGGGCUGAUCACCUAACGUCAGGAGUUUGACACCAGCCUGGCCAAUGUGGUAAAACCCUGUCUCUACUAAAAAUACAAAAUUAGCCAGGCGUGGUGGUGGCAUGCGCCUAUAAUCCCAGCUACUCGGGAGGCUGAGGCAGGAGAUUGGCUUGAAUCCAGAAGGCAGAAGUUGCAGUGAGCUGAGAUCACACCAGUGUACUCCAGCCUGGGCGACAGUGCGUGACUGUCUCAACAACAACAAAAAGUUUUAAUAAUGAGUGAUUUCUGAUGACAUAGCAGGUGAAAUAGGAACUUACAGAAA